UGUCGAAUUUUCUCAACGUUAAGAAUCGAUAACGUUACAAAAAUAUUUUUAGCGACAAAUACCGAGAAAGAAAUGAAGGAAAACCUAUUAUUAAGGGGCUGGAAUCGUCGUGGGUCGAUGUUAGUGUAGACGGAAUGGAACGUGGUUGACGAGCGUGCGAUAGUUUCUCUCAUCUUAUGAAUGAUUAAAGCUCUUUUUCACAAUAGUGAAUCAUUGGAUUUUGUUGCCUUACCUUUAAGCAUUUGUACGACAAAAAGUAACGAUGUGAAGUAAAUAUAUAUUUUUUUUCGAAAUAAUACCGUAAAACAACGGAAAAAAUUAAAAUAAAAUAAAAAAUCUGAUGCUGUUUCCACCGAAAUUCUUCAAUUCAAACCAGUUGGAUGUGUAUCUAGGACAAGAUCAAGGGACAAAUGGGGAGACAACUUUGAAAAUUGUAAAGAUAUUUUUUUCUAUGGAAACAUGUCAGACCAGGAACAACUUGCUAUAUCUCAUGCAUUUCCACCAAUAACUGCUGGAAGUAGUGCAGUCAGUGCUAAUACUGCUCUAACGUCUACCACAUUGACUCCACCUUAUGCUCCAUAUCCAAAGCAACCUAAAGGUACAACUCUUGAACGAAAUAAUGUACCUGUACCUGAAUUACCUUUAACAGCUUCUGAUGAAUGUAAUAUUCAUGAAGUUUGUUAUUACUUUCAACAAAUAUUAUUCAUAGCAGCAAUUCUAACAGGUACUGCUUUAGUUGUAGCAGGAGCUAUAAUGCAUAUACAAAGUGGGGAAUGGUUAGUGUUUGUAUAUAUAGGCGUACUUUUAGCUGGUGUUAAUAUGGUGCUUUUAUUAAUUCAGUGUUAUAUCAGAAAGCAACAGAAGCAAAGGACUAAACUUCAUUAUACAGUUGUUAGACAGCGGAGCGGUGCAGUACAAUAUAAUCCACUGGGAACAAACAACCAAAUGCCCACUACAUUGGGAUCAGGAAGAGAAAGACAUAAACCUAAGCAAGGUCAUUUGAAUUUAGUUCAACCUCCUUUUAAAGAAUUUUCUCCUGUCAGUUCUACAAAUAUUGUCCAAUCUCCUACUGAUUCACAUAAGAGAGCAAUGUUCCUCAUGCCAAGUCCUUCUUAUAGAUCAGGUCCCUCAAUUAGUCAUCACAGACAAGCAAAGGAAAUUCAUCCUAGAUCUCCUUCUCUUGUGCAUCGACCAAUUCACAGGUCAGUAGCAGCUACAGGAGGAUCUCAGCUGCCUCUUUCUAGAUAUGAAAAUUCUCCUCAAGAGUCUCAUUUACCACCUGUGCCACCACCAAGCUAUGAUGAUCUGAUCUGUAUUGGACAUUUGCCACAGGACGGUACUAGUGUUCAUCUCAUCUAACCAUUUUUAAAAUAUAGUUAUUUCUUUUUCCAUAAUAAAUUACAGGAAUUUUUGCUUUUAACAUAUUACUAAACUGUUUAAAAUUUAGAAUGUAUGGACAAUAUAUAUUUAAAUGCAUUUAAAAUGAUUUUAAAAAUAUGUUAUAAAUAUAAAUAAUUUAUAAAUGGGAUUAUUUCCCUUACAUAUCAUUAACAUGUAAGAUUUAUUAUUAAUUAUAUUAAUGUGCAAAUAUACUUAUAUAUACACACAAGCAUCUAAGAAAAAUUGUAUCAUAUUAUAUUACACUUUAUAUACAUUUUCUUUAUUGAAUUUCUUAUUAAAAUUAUAAUAUAUCUCUCAACUUAAGAUCUUAAAACAGAUCUGUGAUUUUUCAGAAAUUUCUUUUUUAUUAGAGUGCCUUAAAUUGAUAAACUUUAAUAAUAAAAAAAUAUUAAUUACAGGACUGUAAAACAAAAACUCUUUUUACCUCUACAGUACUGAAUCAAUGGGACCUCUCAUGCUUAUAAGCAAACACAUCAAAUAUCAAUUACACAUUUAACUUAGCUUUAAAUGUGUCACAGGGACUAGAGAGCUAGAAAUUCUUAGUUAUCGCUCUCGUUAUUUAUGAAACUGUCAUAAGUAUAAGUAUAAUACAUUUAAAUUGAAACUCCAAUAAUUCUUUUUUAAAACUGUAGUAUUUUGUAGGAUAUAUAUUGUUAUUUUGUACAGCCCAAAAUAUGGUGUGAAUAUUAGAUUGUGAUACUGAUGAAUAUAGUAUUGUGAUUAUUAUAUCAAGAUUUGACAACUGCUGAAUUAGUAAAAAAAUUUUUGUAAGUGUGACAAAUAAAGCUUUACUAAAUAUCUUUAUAUUUAAGAAGCAUUCAUGAAUUAAAACUGAUUUAUAGUUUAUGUGAGAAAUCAUGUUUAGCAUUUAAGAGUCAGAAUAAUUAUAAAUUCCUGACAUUAUUUAUUGUUGAAAGGAUUUGAGGGUACGAUAUUAAGGAAUUAAUUUUGUUAACUGGAUUGGCCUUAUGUCUGUUUAAAAGAAAGUGAAUUAGAGUUGAUAGAAAUUUAUUAAAAUUGACUAGAUGGAUUGAUUCUGUAAUUGUUAUGUUUGAAUUUAUUAUUUGUAUCUUUUUAUAUUAUUACAAUAAUAUAAAUUACAUACUAUAUAUUCAUUUGUUCAUGAGGUAAUGUUAUAAUAAAUAGAAGAAACAAUAUUAAAAUAUAUUUAUAUGAAAAAUUAAUAAAUAUACAGUACAUAGAUUCUAUGACAGAAAAUUUUUUCACCAAAUUAAUUUGCAUUAGUAAUAAGAAGCUUUGGGUAUUAUUAUUUAGGAUUCAUUAUAUUAUUAAGUAUCUGAAUCUUCUGAUUUGUUAUUAAUUAAGACUAAUACAUGUAAAUGGAAAAUUUAAGAUAACAGUGACCAAUGACGACAGAUUUAACCAAUUAAUCAAUCAAUUGUGGAGGUAUAUUGAGGUCAAAAUAGACAAUUGGUGGAAUUUGUCAUGGAUUUUGAUCGUUGUCUUAAUUUCACUAUUCAUGUACUGUACAUUAGUCAUUGGACAUCUUUUCAUGUUUGUGAUUUAAUCAACAUUCUUGUACUAAUUUUUUUGGAAUUGAAAAACAGGUGCCAUUACUCAUAGUUACAAUCAUAGUAAUUAUUAUAAUAAUUAAAUCUAUUGUAUUAGAAAUAAUACUUAGAUUUUUAUAUCUGUUUUUUGUAUAAUGAUUUUAAGCUAUUUUAAG